AUGCUGAGUUUGGCGGCGGUAAUAGAUGCAGUGAUGGUGGAUAUGAGUGCUUGGUAUGUCCUAGGACUCAGAGGCGCGCCACUGGGGUGUCCAGCCUCAUGCACCUCCCACAACUCAGCAGGUCCAGUUUUUGGAAUAGAGAGCAGUAAUGAGUGUAAGAAGCGAAAACCAAGAGCGUUGAUACCACUACCAAAGGCUUGUUGGGAAGCGGUGAUUUUGCUGGUUAAGGGAGGAGUAUUGAAAUUGAGAAAUCUCACUACUCCAUUUUCACGCGAUCUGUCAAUGCUGUUGGCUUGCUCUGUCAGUGAUGGUGAAAGCAGUGACGCUCUGAUCAGAUACAAAGAGAUAUCGAGAAUUGAAGCAGUAUUGAUGGAGUUAGAAGAGCAAAAGGCCCAAUUUGAUGCAAAAGUCAAAGUUUUCACUGGGUUGAUGAUUCUACUUGAAAUUCCAAUGCUGGAUGGACCACAAGGGAUGUCAGGAGCAGUUAGAUGA